ACUGUUCUCUACUGUUCUGCACCUCAUAUUCGCCGCGCAAACUCAUGCCUCGCAGUCGCAGUCCUCCGAAUAGUAAUUGGUAUUGGAAGACGCGGGAUCCUACAAACGUGCGGCUGAUGAGCAUUCCCUUGGCUGUACAGGAGUACUUGCACAACCAGCUGCUGCAGUUAUCGAGUGAGACCUGCUCAACCGUGCGAUUGUCCUUGCUGGUGGGUGAGGAUUUGCGGACUCAGACACACAAUGUUCGUCUUGCACGGAAAGAAGCCUUGUUGCAGAGUUUCCCUGCUUUGUUCACUGGGCCGCAUGGUGCAAUGCUGUGCGCCGAGGCAUGGUUGCCGAUAUACAUCGUCCAGGCGAAUAUUCCUCAUGCAAACCUGAAACGCACGACCUAUAACACAGAUUUUGAGGUUUGCGCCGUUCUUUGGUCACAUUCGUCUUAUAUUACAGGCCUCUCGUUUUAUAACAAUCAUCUCAAUCCGUCAACACAGUUCUCGCACUUCGUCGUGGAUGGAGCAACCACACGUAAUCUAUCGGAAAAUCCAAAUACACCAAGGAGAGGAGAUGGCUUCAUUCGUGCAGGGCAAUACUUGUUUCAGCAGGUAACGAAAGGUAAAAAGCCAGACGACAUGAUGCAUGGACUCUCGUUCAGAGUGGGACACCGCAUUGGCCGUUUAGAAUGGCAUAGCGGUGUAUCUGGCCUCCCUGAACAAGUGAGAGUACAUGCAGACAAAUUCGGGCCUAAUGUAUCGAAGGUCCCAACCAAUGAAAACCCUGACGAGGUGGUGAUCACUAUCCUAGGGCUUCCCGGCAAUCUGGCACCUGAGGAUGUAUUUCCGGGUGUCUUCUCCCUUGUCCCUCCACAGACGUCCUGGUGUAUUCUAGGGCGCACCCCUCAGAGUCCCACAAUCUACUUCUACAAGCCAUCUCAUCAGCUUUCCCCACCUGGCCAGGGCUCUCCUGUACCAGCUGCAUUCUAUCGAAAGCACUUGCUCGUCUCGAAUGGACCUGCUGUGAACAGACUCGGAAUAAAUUACAUUGGCAGUCUCCCAACCACCGCUGACAGAAGUACGGUGAUCACGAGUGGGCACCUCUUCACCGAGUACAAGCGUCAUCUCUCUGCUGCAGUCGACCUCGCUUUCCGCACAAUUCCCGACCUUGCCGUCGAACUGGCGAUAGAUAUUUUAACGGAUCGCAACGCUCCUGAUAGCGCCAGUAUCGGUCGUGUACUGAAUCCAUCUGAUGAUGAAGGCCGGGAUGCCUAUCGAGUCGCCUUCAGCAAGGCAUUACAGCAGGUUGCGCAUAAAUCGCUGACCGAUAACCUCACGCCGUACCCAUUCUGUGGAACAGGGCACGACCUCAUCAAGGAAUUGGGCUUGCUUCCCAUCCCUGUUGCACCACAUAUCAGGAAGAUCCUCGAGAAAUCGGGGGCAUUCCCUGACAUCACCGUACAUGCAGAAUCGGUCUUGCUGCGAGCGCCACUACAUCGGGAGACCACACAGGGAGCAGACCAUUUGCGGUCAGCUCUGGGCUUGAUGAAAGGUAUCAGCAGGGCAGAGGUUUCGAUUCGACAAUAUCACCAUUCUAAGCCGACCAUCGUUUGGGACAAGGCGAGCGAGCAAUUUGUCAUGGGUGUCCCGCCGAUGUGUGCAGAGCAUCAGACGAGGAAUUGUUUGUGUUGGGUUGGUCCCUAUCUGGCUGAUGCUGUUGUGCAUUAUAAUUCCCGGCAAAAUAAACCUGUCGCUACAUCGUCGACUGCUGAGAUGUUCCGUGCAUAUCUGCAGAGUAUGGGAGCCGUCAAUUAUAUGCAUGAUUCUGCGGAGAUCGAACGGAAGGACGGGCCGAUAGUGAAUGGCUGCAUACAAGCAGCUCAAGAGCCUACUCCCAAUGUGGACGACGACGAAAUUGAUUAUUUGCCACUUCAGAAAACGACACCUCCGGUGGGUGAAGAUGGUCCGCGUACACCGCAGUUCUCAUCGCAUGCUGCGAGCCCAUCGUCACAGUUGGAAAUGAGCAUUUCUUGUGAUUCGGACCUAGUAAAGCCCCGCGGAACAUCAGAUCAGACAGCUUCUGCGGAGACCAUGCCAGCGACUUCAGCAGAAGGAACGAGUUCAGUCGAUGGUCUCCCUGAUCUGGUUUCCCUCGAGGAUUUGUUCCAAGACAUGAGGAGCCGGGUUGCGUCCUACGUCCAAGCAGAAUCAAGAAAGGGACAAACACAAAUCGAGGAACAACGCAGGGCAUUAGCAGCUGAAGUGCGAACUCUUCGAGCCAAGCUAAUGGAGGUUGAUAACGAGCACAUAGAGCAUUUCCGAGUCAUUGCAGAGAAAGACGAAGCUCUGAUGAGCCGCAACCUGGACCUGCAAUGUAAAGAUGAGAUGAUACGCGUCCGAGAAACGCGCAUCCAGCAGCUGAAGCAUUCACUACGGGAACACGCGUCUCGAAUCCGGGGGCUCGAAGACGACUUGAAACGCUGGGAGGAAAAAGAAAAAACAUACUCGCAGGCUCUGCGGACGGAGAUCGCUGGGUUGAAGAAACGCUUAUCGCUUUUAUUCAUGGGUUCGAGUCAACAGGACAACGAAUCGGAUGAAGAGGGGAUGCAGGCGGGACCUUCGCGGAAGAGAACGCGCUCAGGUUGAGCAGAUGCCAUUGGAGAUUUCGAAGUGAUGAUUCAACGGGUUGGUUCCGAUAGUCUCCAUCUCAUAGCUUGGGCAACGAACGUUUGCAUUUCAGAGGAGUGUGUCAUUAUAUCGCAUGCAAACAUUCAAAAAACCCAUGUACAGUAUCAGAUGCUUCGCAUGUGCACGUGUGUAUAUUACAGAGGAUGUAUACGUACAGAUAACAGUGAUACCUAGACAAAAGUCCAACGCUGUCGACAAACACCUCACUUGGCCGCUGGUGCUAUGUAAUCCCGGGAAAGGUCGAUCUGGCCCCUCAGGUGCGUGUUCGUGAUGCGCACCUGCCGAUACCGUGGUGCGGACCUCUUGCCCUUCUUCUUUGUCGCAG